AUGUUGGAGCUGGGCUCCAGUGCUCCAGGGCCUGAAUCUUUGCGCUUUGGCCUUCGCAGCCCUUCCAACGGCCACGGGUGCCGUUCCCGCUUUGAGCCGCACGCAAGCGACAGCCGAGGCCAUCUCCCUCGGUCCGGUCUCUUGAAAGACUGGACCAAGGUGCCGCCAGUUCCCAGGAAAGGUGAUGACACUUUCGACCGUGUCUACGGGCCAAAGUCCACCUUAGAGUGGGAGCCGGCAUCCGCAACCAUUGGGAAGGUAGACAACUCCACUCCCAGCAUUCUGCGGGAGGGCCCUUUGAACGUAGCGCUGAAAACUGCACAUUAUGGCGGAGCAGAGCUUGAUGUGCAGAGUGAGGAAGGAAUCCUCGAAGAGAUGAACCAAGCACGCUACUUUGAGACCACCACGGGUGUGGGUCACCAGAAGCCGGACUAUACAGUGGCACAAAAGGCAUCCCACACAUCGAAGAGCUACAAGCAGGAGAUUUUCUGCGGCCCGGAACCUGACGUGAUGCCGUCACUGGAAAAUGAAGGUUUGGAGGUCCCCUUCCAUGCGCACUAUUCACGUGUGGACCAGAUUACCAACACCAGGAUGUUUAUGGCAGACCCCGAGUUCCGGGGCAAUGUGGCAGCAUCUGCUCCCACUGGUGUUGGACCCUUCCACCGCAAUGCGCAGUUCACCAAGGGAUGCGACAAGUUCAUACUGCACGUUCACAAGGACGAAGGCCUCAAUGAGAUGUACCAGAGACUCCCAGAGACCAACCCCAUGAGGCAACUUGGAGGUGAAAAUGCCUCAGAUCCCCAUGCUGGGAUCCCAUCCCUAGCUGCGCUGAAGGGUGCGAUCCACCGAAAGGUUCAAGAGGUUUGGGGUCCUCUUGGUUAUGUGAACCUCCGGCAACGCCUUUGUGAACUUUGCGAUCACGAAGGGUUCAUUCGGAAGAGCGACGUGGUGGAAGUCUUGCGCGAGCCGCUUGGGCUUUCGGAGGAGGAAGUUGAGGCCAAGCCGUUGGAUGUCUGGCUUUGCCAACUCUGCACCAUGAAGAAGGCUGAACUGAAGGCUUCAACCUUUAUGAGCUCCUUGCGGCCUGCUCUGCCGCAGAAGGAGAAACGACGCGUUCUGACUGCCUUCAAACUGCUUCAGGGUCCGAAUGGUAGUGCUCGCCUGGGAGACUGGUUGCAGAGGCUGGAUGAUGGGGACCUGAAGCAAACAGUCAUUUUCGCCUUCGGUGCUGAAGAUGAGGAGUCGGUUGCGAACACCGCAGUGACUGAGCAGGUCUUCUUGGAGCUUUUCUCGGACUUGGCACCCUUUGCAGACAUUGGCCCCAUGCUGGAGUGA